AUGUCCAGACUUUUGAAGAUAUGUUUCUUUUUGAUAUCAGUGAAUCAUGCUAAGAUUACACACAAUCAGAGCUCUGAAGAUUUGCCUCCAUUAUUACACAAAGCUGUGGAGGAAGUAAUAACUGGGAAAUAUCUGAAUGCCCUCCUUGAUAUACUUCAUUUUCAGAGUUCUAAUGUCUGGACAGCAGAUAUGCUUACAAAAGUCAUGGCAUAUUUUCAUGCCCAGGAAGUUAUGUUUACUUUUAGCAGCCUACAGAUGUCCAUAAAAAGUUACCUGAAGAAUCUUUUAUACCAGCCCAGGCAGCUACUGUCCGAAUUUCAACAGCUUGAUCAGCAGCAGUUCCAAACUGCAAUGAAGUAUCUCUUCAACAGCAGAAAGGACCAUCUUGAAAUGGGAAAUAUUAUUCUCAAUUGGGACAAGACUAGAGAGAGAAUUUUUCAAAGCCCAGGAGUAAACAGGACCUUGUUCUUUAUAACACUGGAUAAAUGCUUUCUGGUUCUGAGUGCUUUGGACUGUGUGGAUAUCCUGAGCCAGAUUUUGCGUGUGUCAGUGGUGAACUAUCUCCAACCUGAUGUCAUUGGGAGCCUUCCAAAUGUUCUGCUGGAGGAUGCUUUCAGAAACUUGUCAACAGUAUUCAAGGACCUCUAUGACAAAACGUCAGCAAUUACACAGAGAGCUCUGUAUGGCUGGAUGAAGCAGAUUCUACAAAAAUCCUAUAACAUGAGUGAGUUCAAUGAAUCAACUUCUUGGGUCAGUGCAGAAAACUUAUGGAUUUUGGGAAGAUACAUGGUUCAUCUCCCGUUAGAAGAAAUUCUGAAAAUUAGUCUCAGUGAAAUUCGACUAUUCAUUAGCUACGACAAUGCAACAAAACAGUUAGACACAGUGUAUGAUAUCACACCAGAGCUUGCACAAGCUUUCCUGGAAAGAAUAAACUCAUCAGGAUUUGAUAUGAGAAACACUUCAACCAUCUACAGGCUAGGUUUAUUGGUUUGCUUUUAUGAUGACAUGGAACAGAUGGAUGCUGCUGUGGCUCGGGCUUUACUUCAUCAGAUGAUUAAAUGCAAUCAAUUGAGAGGUUUCCAGGCUGAGAUUCAGAAGCUGAAAUCUCAACUCCUGAACAUUGCCAUGCAAAACCAGACACUGAAUGAUAUCCUUGGAUCUCUGUCAGAUGCCGUGGUUGGCCUAACUUCGAGUCAGCUGGAAUCUUUGUCACCUGAAGCAGUACAAAAUGCUAUUGCAACAUUAAACCAAGUCUCUGGGUGGGCAAAAAGCCAAGUUAUGAUUUUAUCCAGUAAAUACCUCUCUUAUGAAAAGGUUUUCUCAUUUUAUAAUGUUAGUCAAAUGGGCGCAUUGGUAACUGGUAUUAGCACGCAGUCAUUCUACAGCAUGAACCCAAAGGAGCUUUCUCAGAUUAUUUGUGGCAUGCUAUCACAAUACUUGUCUGACUUGACUCCUGCACAACAGCAAGGGAUCCUCAGGAAGAUAGCUGCAUCUGGAGAUUUUUCCUCAUCAGUGAAAGAUAUAAAAGGAGCUUUCUUUAAAGAAAUAUCUCUUUCUGAUUUAUGGAAGCAGACUGGAUAUAAUUCUUCAAUGAUGAAAGAAAAAGAGCUAAGAAGAAGCCAGGCUUUGUAUCUGUAUGAAUUACUGUCUAAGAAAAACUCUCCUGUUGACCUGCUAAGCACAGGACAGCUUGUGAAAGGAGUAACUUGUCAACUCAUUGAAAGUAUGGGCACAGACUUUUUUUUAAACACUUUUACAUUCUUUGAAAAAAAUCUUCAUCUGCUUUCUCCCUAUCAGGUUAAUUGUUUGGCUUGGAAGUUUUGGAAAGUCUCCAGUGCAUCUAUUCCUCCCUUCCUCUUACUGGUGCUUCCGGUUGAGUACCUCGAGAAUGUCUCAGGCCCUUUGUGUGUCCCUUUCAUUGAAAGUCUGGGGAAGACUGAAAUGGACCUUUUGAAUCCAAGCCUUCAGAAAAAGAAUGCUGUGAUGCAAAAAGUACAGGAGUGCUUGAAUGGCUCCAUUGCUGAUGAAUAUGAUGUUGACCUACUUGGAAAUCUAAUCUGCCACUUAUCUCCAGCCUUUCUACGUGGCAGAGUGUCCCUGAAGGCAAUGGCAACAGCCCUUCAUCAAUUCAAACUCUGCCAACAGCUCAACCAUGAGCAGAAGAUUGAAAUUAAAUAUAAACUCCUUGAGUUAUAUGGCUCCCCAAACAACUGGACAGCUGAAACAACAUUAGAUGUUGGACCAUUCACAGCUCUGCUGUCAAAAGAGGAAUUAAAAGUCCUUGCUGAAAAGUUCCCAGAUACCAUUUUACAAAUAGCAAAGACAACUGGACCAGUUUCUUCAGCUGAAGAGUUUUUGUCAACUGUAUUCAAAUCUGUCUCCAAUGCCACUGCCAACAUCGAAUCAUCUCUCACCAGACCUGAUUGCCUGGGUACCAGAGCUCCUUCUUCAGAUGAAAUUAUUAAAUUAGCAGAAGCAAAUGUCUUUUGGUCAGUUCAGGAACUGGAAUGCAUGGACACAGGGACUUUUGACAAAAAUGUGGAACUUCUUGGGACUGUCUCAGGUUUUAACAGUUCCCAGCUUAUUGCCUUGAAGGAAAAAGCCAAGCAG